CGGCGGGAGUCGCCGGGCGGCCAGGGUGGGCUCCCGGCAGCCCAGCACCGAGGCGCUGGACAGCCCUACAGGGUCACAUGUUGAAUGGUGUAAACAGCUUAUAGCUGCUACCAUUUCUAGUCAGAUUUCAGGGUCGGUGCCAUCAGACAGCGUAUCCAGAGAUUACAGGGUACACAGGAGGCCUGAUCUACGGGAGAUUCAGGAUGGACACAAUGGCUAUCAUUCUGAAGCAGAAGCUGAUCAGGCACUGAGAGAUGGGAACAAGCUGGCACAGAUGGAAGAGGCACCACUUUAUCCUGGAGAAUCAAUCAAAGUUAUUGCUAAAGAUGUCGUGUAUAUCUGUCCAUUUAUGGGAGCAGUCAGUGGUACGCUGACAGUAACGGACUACAGGCUGUAUAUCAAAAGCAUUGAGAAGGAUCCACCUUUUGUUCUUGAUGUUCCCCUUGGAGUAAUAAGUAGAGUUGAAAAGAUUGGGGCACAGAGCCAUGGAGACAACUCCUUUGGGAUAGAAAUUGUGUGCAAGGAUAUGAGAAACUUGAGGCUUGCCUACAAACAGGAAGAACAAAGCAGACUGGAGAUUUUUGAGAACCUUGUAACGCGUGCAUUUCCUGUCUCUAAUGGGCUGCCAUUUUUUGCAUUCAGCUAUAAAGAAAAAUUUCCUGUCAAUGGCUGGAAAGUUUAUGAUCCAAUGGCAGAAUAUAAGAGGCAGGGGUUGCCAAACGAGAGUUGGAAAAUAUCCAGAAUUAACAGCACUUUUGAACUCUGUGAUACUUAUCCUGCCAUCCUUGUUGUGCCAACCAGUGUGAAGGAUGACGACCUCUCAAAAGUGGCAGUGUUUAGAACAAAAGGAAGAGUUCCAGUGUUAUCGUGGAUUCAUCCCGAGAGCCAGGCAACCAUAACACGCUGCAGCCAGCCUCUGAUAGGACCAAAUGACAAACAUUGCAAAGAAGAUGAAAAAUACUUACAAACCAUAAUGGAUGCCAAUGCCCAGUCGCACAAGCUUAUCAUCUUUGAUGCCAGGCACCACGGUGUUGCUGAUACAAACAAAGCAAAAGGUGGAAGCUAUGAAAAAGAAAGUUCCUAUCCUAAUGUUGAACUGGUUUUUUUGGAAAUUCAUAACAUUAAUGUGAUGAGAGAAUCACUGCGUAAGCUGAAAGAAAUAGUUUAUCCUACUAUUGAUGAGGAUCGGUGGUUGUCCAAUAUAGAUUCAACACACUGGUUGGAAUACAUAAGGAUGCUUCUUGCUGGAGCAGUCAGAAUUGCUGAUAAAAUUGAAUCUGGUAAAACAUCAGUGGUGGUACACUGCGGUGAUGGUUGGGACCGAACUGCCCAGCUGACUUCAUUAGCCAUGCUUAUGUUGGACAGCUAUUAUCGAACUAUCAAAGGAUUUGAAACUCUUAUAGAAAAAGAGUGGAUAAGUUUUGGACAUCGGUUUGCCGUGCGAGUAGGCCAUGGAGAUAAUGAUCAUGCAGGUGCUGACAGAUCUCCCAUUUUCCUUCAGUUCAUUGAUUGUGUUUGGCAAAUGACAAGGCAGUUUCCUGCAGCUUUUGAAUUCAAUGAACUUUUUUUAGUCACCAUUUUGGAUCAUCUUUAUAGCUGCCUCUUUGGGACUUUUUUAUUCAACUGUGAACAGGAGCGCGUGAAAGAAGAGAUAAGCACAAAGACUGUAUCGUUAUGGUCCUAUGUUAAUAGUCAACUAGAUGACUUUACAAAUCCUUUCUAUGUAAACUAUGAACACCAUGUCCUGUAUCCAGUUGCCAGUCUGAACCACUUGGAGUUAUGGGUAAACUAUUACGUCAGAUGGAAUCCAAGAAUGCGGCCACAGGUGCCAAUUCAUCAGAAUCUGAAGGAGCUACUUGCCAUCAGAGGUGAGCUGCAGAAGAAGCUGGAAGAGCUGCAGCGGGAAGCGGCUACUCGAUCCAUUUCUUCGUCCUCGGAUAGAGGAUCCUCCCCAUCUCACUCCGCCACGCCUGUGCACACCUCUGUCUGACAUGUGACAAGAGCCACGGGAAGCAACUCACACCAGGUAUACUGAGAGAGGGUGCAGUGUGUUUCCCUUCCUUGAGGACUGAGCGGCUUAAAAUUGCUACGAUCUACAUGCCUUACUUUGUCUGUUUGCUGUUAUGAGGCCAAAAAGAGCUUCAGUAGCUGCGAUGGUAUUUUCUUAUGUUGGCAGUUCCUGUGCGUCUGUUUUGACAUCUCUAGUUAAAUCACCAAUUGUAGAAUUUACUUUAUUUUGAGCAACCAACAAUUUAACCAUCUUAAAAAGGAACCCAUCUGUCAGGCAAAUAAUGCAAGAGGCUUUUUGCUAUCUUGGGUACAGUGGCUGGUUGAGAAAACCAACUGAAAUGCCAUGUGACACUUGCGCUUAAUCAGAACAUUGUGAUGUGUGUUGUUGUGAAUGGGAACUCUCUAUUUAACUCCGUACAUAUAUUUUUUUUAUACAGAGCAACUGUUAUUCUUGGGGACGUGGUUGGGUAAUUGAUGCACUUUGAAACUGAUUUUAAAUUAGAUAUUUUCCAGUGCAGCCAGUUUUACAUUUUGAGUAAAUAUGUCAUUUAAAAUAAAUGGUUAUGAAGAUAGCAGGAUUUGCCAGCUAUUGCACACUUAUUGGUACUUGUAUUGCUGUAAUAUAUUUGGUGAAGCAUGGAUUUUAGAUUUUUUAAUGCCUUUUUUUACAAGUUUGAAUGAGGUCUUCUGAUUAGUUUAUUGCUCGGUUUCACUGUCAAGUGAGGUGUAAGCUUAUUCAUGUCAGUGUCUUGUGCGAAGUACCGUUAGUUUUCUAGUAACGGCAGUGUUUUGGAUUAGACUGGCACUGAACUGUGUAAAGUCCACAGCUUCGCAUUUUCUUAAGUGUUAAACAUGUACACACACAAUCCUCCGUGUGUGUGUGUGUGUGUGUGUGUAUGCAAUGCUAAGCACAUGUACACACACUCUCAGUUUUUUAUAUUUUAUGUGUUCAGAAAAAUGGUUCCUGCCUCUCCAGAUAUUUUGGAAGAUAUUAACCUGUAACAACUUUGUUUGACAGAUUUUAAAUCACUUGAUCUUAGUUGGUUUCCUUGAAAUAACCUGUUGGCUUUUGUGAUGCUGCCAACAGUUUUGUCGAAGCGAAUAAGCAAAACCGGUUUCAAUCAGUUAUCCAUAUUUUUAUAUAAAAUAUUUAUUACUCAUUUUGUUUCUGUCUACCUGUCAGCCACCUUGAUUAAAGCUUUAUUUGAUCAACGCUAUUGGUGAUAGCCAGCCUUCUUAAAAAUUACUAAUGUGUCCUUUUUUUGGAAAGGACAGAAGUAAGCAUGCCUGGAAUUUCCCCUUCCAUCAGACCAACCUUGCAUAAGAAACUCCUCCUUUAGGCAUUUAAGAUCAUGUAGCUCCACUUGUCGACCUGCUGGCCUUGAGCUGUGUAAAUCAAGUUCUGCUGGCAGAAAUUAACCCUGGGUCUAAAGAAAGGAUUGGCUGUGAUUCUUACCUCACAUUGACUGCCUCCGAGUACUGCAUAUCUGGACAAAAUAAGCUGCGGUGCCACACAAUUUCCCCCCGAUUUUCUGCACUUGCACGUUUGUAUAGCUAAUGUAUAAUGCAUACUACUGCGCACGCCUCCUGCUAGUGUGAACAGCAGCAGCGGAAGUGCUGUAAUCAUUAAGUUUACUCUACACGAUGCAUGAUACUGCCGUAUGUCCUUUUGACUUGUAUGGUACUUGCAUUUUUAAAGUGGUUCGGCUUAAGAUGGUCUGACAUGCCACAUCCUUUAAUCGAAGUCAGGCUUUUUUAUAAAAAAGACGAAGUGUGCUUUUUAUAUAAAAGUGAUUCUACAAGACAAUACUAGCAAUCAGUUUUAUAUGGCCAGCAUACGUUGGGCUGGUAGUGAAUUCAAAUCUUUAAUACCUCAAAUGUAGCAAGGCAUUUUAAUGAUCUACUAUUUAGAGAUGAAUGUUUCUAAAACACAGCCUAAGAAAGGAGUUUGCAAUUUGUUCUAUAUUGGAGCUAGUAAUCAUGAAAGUUUUUUGCUCUGUAAUUUAUUGGCCAAGGAGUGCUUGGGAUCAACAGAGCCAUUCUGAGAUAUUAAAACAAACGCUCAGAGUGAGAAUCUCUGGAUUCAUUUUUAUAUAGAAAAGCAUUGCUCGUUCCUCCAGGUAACCUGUUUGUGUCAUAGGUUUUCAACAUGCCUGAGAGAUCCUUCCAUUAUUUCAUGGGGGUACCUGAGGAGGCCUCCUAAUAACAUGAUGGGCAUAACGAGCACAGUGGAUUUCACUGUCUCGUCUUAACUUGGUAGUUUCUUGUCUCUUAGUUAAAGUGUGGCUCUGCUCUGAAAAAGUGACAGCAACAUGAUUUCUUCUCACUUGCUCUGCUUGCUGUGGGUAUUCAACAUUUUAGCAUAAUGACUAUGGUAAAAUUAAUGACUGUUACUACGACUUAUUCCUAUUAAUGCUGCAGAAGCAGCACAGGUCUGUGAGAGGGAGCAGAAUUCUCUUCUAAAUGGGGUAUCAUCAACAGAAUUGGCCACUUCUGCUCCAGUUGGUAGACCUCAUCUCUGCUGCUGCAACUAAAAUCUCCCGAAGGCAAGGGGAGUGUGGGUGGACAGCAGGCAGGCAGCAACUCGUGCUUCAAGGGAUGUGAGUGGGGUAACAGUCCUACUCCAGCGUCCCACCAGGCUCUGGUAAACCCCCUAUGGGGCAGCGUCGGCAGCAUGGAGUUCACGCUGCCGUUGGUCACGUUUUAGAGCUGAGCUGCAUUUUUCACGUGUUUGUUCCUCCCCCAAGCUCUUUGUUUUGUAAAGAAACCAGAAGGUUUGGGGAGGCUGGGCAGGGGCUGACCCCACCGCUCCCUCCUCCAGUCUUCCGGCCACAGAAUUAAAAGCUGAUACGAUAAAUGUUUGGCUUUGCUUUUUUUCUUGAAUGUAAGGGGAUUUAUUCCCAGGCUACAUUUAAUAAUACAGAGGUAGCUGGCACUGAUGUCUGAAAAUGAAUGGUCAGAUGCUUGUUCAGUCCACAAACUCAGUCUUGUAAGGGAUGUGCCUGAGAGAACAGGGAAAGCACCUGUGCAAGUCCCCAUGAGUCUGAUGGGAGACAAACCUCUAUAUUGUAAAAAAGAAAAAAGGUGCACACCUAUUUGUGCGUCAACCUUGAAGCACAAUGCAUGUUGCAGGGGACUGUCGGGUAUCGGAAGAGAUAAAAAUCCAAUCCUGCGCGUGUCCAAAAACAGUGCCAGUGAAGUGGAUUUAAAACUGAGCCGUGACCUAGCAAAGGACAGAGUGAGGGUUGCGGGGAUGAUUCUCCCAGCACAUUUUCAGUCUUCAAUUUUCAUCCCUAACUGCAGAUUUCAAGCUGCUUGUUCUUUUCAGCAAAUGCAGAAUGUCCUCUUACAUGGGAGAGGAGUUGUUGAAGUAAGCUGAAUGGGUGUCUUUUAUGUAGGAGGGUCCGAGGCACACCCCACUCCACUCUUCCUACUUACUUGAAACACACAAAGAAAACAGCACCAAAGUGUCCUUGUGUAAGCCACUCUGUUUUAUUCCUUGUUUUCCAGUUGUAGUUAGCAGUCAAACCGUUUUUCCCCAUAAUCCUUAUGCACUUUAGCAAAACGAGCUUGCCUUUUCAUAGCAUAAUACACAACCUUCGUUUGGUAGAGCUCAGUUUUACAUCACUGAACUGUGUAUGCCUUGCUUUUCAAUGAAAAGUUACUGCUUUAAAUUAAAUGAUUUCAUCUUAAUCUAGCUAAUUCCACUCAUACUGUUUCUGAACCUUGUUUUGUUGCAGAUGCGUGUUUAUUGGCCAAGGCUGCCUCUCCAUUUGAAUUCAAUUUUUCAUAGUUUUAAAUGAUUCUCAAAGACUAAUUCCACUUUUGCCACAACAAAAGUAGUUAACAAUGACAAUGCGAGAAUGGUAGCGGUUCUCUGUUGGUUGCAGGAAAAUGUCUGUUUGCAUGAAGCCUCCAUAAGUAUGGUAGAAAGUGUGAAAUCUGAAGAACAUCCCAGUUCUGUGGCUUGAAAAGCAGUUUUGUAAAAG